GCAAAUUUAAAUAUCGAUAUCUUAACACUCAAUUAAGUUUCGAGAGGAUAUAAAUAAUUCGAUUAUUUUAUUCUUGUAUUAUUGUCCUUACUUGACACCAAUAUGGCUACAAAACUGUUGGUGGUAUUGGCGACAUUUGUUGCUGUAGGUUUAACCAAACCUUCGGCUUCUUUAUAUAAACAAUCAGAAAUCAAAGAAUUUCUAAACAACCCUAGAUACAUGGUCAUUGAAAUCGAAGAGGGUGUUUUUGAAGUUGAAGAUCUUGAAACGAGUGUGGCUGAUAUCACGCUUACUGCGACCGAUGAUGAUGUUACCUUUUAUGUCUACACCCCCGAGAACACCAGCGGAGCUAUAGUCAAGGCCAGCGAAAUACCCAAUAUAGUAAAACAAACCGGAUUUAACCUCGCAAGAAGUACCAUUUUCGUAGUUCAUGGUUGGAAAAACUCCGUCGAAUCAGCUGUAAAUGACAGGGUUAAGGUAGCUGCCCUUGCAAAUCGUAAUAAUAUCAACGUAGUUGUAAUAGACUGGAGUCCAAUUGCUACCAAGAAUUACAUUAGUGCCCAGGGGUCAGUCUUGGCUGUAGGUAACUUUGUUGGAGACUUUCUAAUUGCUCUGAACAGCCAAUUAAAUUAUAGCUGGGAUAGUAUGACUUUAGUUGGACAUUCACUUGGUGCACACGUUUCAGGUAAUGCUGGCGCAAGAACCGGAGGCAAAGUGGGUACCAUCGUCGGUUUAGACCCUGCUGGUCCUCUUUUUACCAAAAAAAACAUUAACAAUCGUUUGGACCCAACUGAUGGUGCUUACGUUCAUUGUAUCCACACCAACACUGCUAUAUUAGGUACCUCAUACAAAACUGGACAUGUGAACUUUUAUCCUAAUGGAGGUAGUAGCCAACCCGGAUGUGGCUUGGAUGUAGCUGGAAGCUGCGCACAUAGCAGAGCGUAUGAAUACUACGCAGAAAGUUUAAAUAGUAACAACUUCAGCGCCUAUUUAUGUGACAGCUAUUCUAACUACAAAAAAGGCACAUGUAGCUCUAAUACUGCUUGUAAACUGGGAUGGUACCCUGUGGCAAAAUCGACAUCUGGAGAUUAUUACCUGUAUACUAACAGCAAAUCCCCAUUUGCUCAAGGAUAAUUCAAUAAUGAAGUAUAUGAUAUCAAAUGUUAAGCAAUUCAUUUUAAGAAUUGUAUUUUUUGAUGAAUAAAUAUAAAAAAUUGUCAUUUUAAAAUGUGUCAAUUUAAUUGAAAUAAAGAUUUGUAAAAACAA